ACAUUUAUGAGUUUUUCAUUAUUUUGUGUAAAAGAGGGCAAAUGCCUGGUUUCUUAUUCAGACCUUUUCUAUUGUUGCCAGAUUCCGAAAGCAGUAGUUCUACCAGUGAUAUGGAUACUGGUAGACACGCUAAUGGGACUCCUCCUGUUGACAACAGUAACUUACCUAAUAGAGAAGCUCCUUUAGAAGUUGAGGUGCCAGAAGAUUCUACCAAAAAUGUAGAAUACUUUAAGGACCACCCUAUGGACCAGAAAAUAUUUGGCUCUAAUAUUCAUGAGGAAUUGGCUGUAAGAUGGAGUUGCUACGUACGGGAAGGUUUACCUGUAGAUUUAAGGAAAGAGUUGCUUCAAAAGCAUUUAAUUCCCGAAAAUUGCAAGACUUUAAGUGCCCCUAUUUUAAACGAAGAACUUAAACCCAUACUUUCAUCUCAGACCUUGAAAAAUGAUAAUUUUCUAUCAGGCAUACAGUCUCAAGUAGGCAUUGGGCUGUCGAUACUGGGUACAGUAAUUUCAAAGAAAAUAGAAAAACCUGAUCAAGAGUGUGCCACAAAUAUGAUUGAACAGUUAAUAGAGGUCGGUCAGUUAUUCGCAAAUGUACAUCAUGCCAUGUCCUUAAAAAGAAGGUUCGAAAUCAACCCCUUCAUCAAUGAAGAGGGAAGAUUAGCAGCCCGCCAAAUGGCGAUAGAUGAAUAUCUUUUCGGUAAAGAAUAUAUUUCUAAGGUAAAAUCUUGCCAGGAAAUGAAAAAAGCUGGUAAAGAUCUUUCAAUCUCCAAGAAAGUGGAUUUAUCAAGACCUGGAACUUCGAAGGCAUCAUCAACUAAUUUAAACUACCAGCGCACCUAUCCCAAGACCAAGAUGAGAGAAGAGAGGAGGGGGAAGAGAAGGAUAGACCGUCAAUGGAGGGGAUACCAAGGACCGAGCCAGGGACAAAGGAGGGAAUACAGGAAAGCGGAAAAGAACACACGCCCAUACACCAGCAAAGCAGAUCGCGAUCGUUAGAGAGGAACUCACCCCCUUCAUCAGAACCUUUCCCUGGUAGCAGGGAAGUUGUCAGGGAAUCGUUAAAAAGAAAAGGGAUUACGGAUACUGCUCUUCCAA